UCGAAGUGCAAAAGACCCCGUUUUAGUUGUAAAUACGCAAAGUAAACAAAAAUUAGUCUGCUGGACAGGAACCGGAAUCUCUUACUCAUUGCAAAAAAGAAACCCAAACCUGAACUUUAAACUCAAAGUCAAGUAUUAAAGUGCUUGAAAGAUGGACCAGAAGCGUGCUAUGCUGUAUCCACAGGUGGAUUUCAACACUCCGACCGCCCCCUCACCGACACCAACGAGGGAGUUGGGUAAUCCCAUGGGCCUGCCCGUGGAGGCUCCGCCGUCAUACGACAUGGCGGUCUCUGUUCCGGUGGUUUCCGCACCAGCGAUUGCCCCAGCUCCGCCGCCCGUGGUGGUUGUCGAACAGCCAGCACUACAGCCGCCUACAGUGGUGCCGAUCGAUACCUUGAAUUUGGGACCGAAUCGAUGUAGAGUUCUCUGCCCAGCCUGUGGGGCCAAUAAAACUACUAGGAUGACUCAUACAGCUAACUCUAGGACCCACUUGGUAGCAGGUCUACUCUGCUUAGUAGGUUUUUGCUGCUGUGCCUGUUUCGUCCCCUAUUGCAUGAACAGUUGCCGCACAGGAAAUCACUACUGUCGCAAAUGCAACACCUUCCUGGGAGCCUACAAUCCAAAAGGGAUGAACCGAUGAUAAGACUGCGAUUAGAUGUGAUCUAAAAGAUAGAAAAAAGAUAGAACAGUUAAAAGUAAUACGCAACCACAUAUCAGCUGACGUUUGCCAGCUAUAAUAUUUUACAGUAGCCAUUGGCUAAAAUGCACAUCGUUAGCGUCCAAGGCCAAACAAAAAAUGGUAAUCUAUUAUUUAAAAAUAUUUGAAGUUGCUGAAGUUGUUUAAGUUUUCCUAAUAUUAACCGAUAAAUACUAUAAUAAACAUAAGCAAAACCGCUUACCUUUGCAUUGUUGAUGAA